ACAAGCCUUGACCAAAUCGUAAAUUGGGCACGCCAGGGCUCAUUAUGGCCUCUAUCAUUUGGCCUCGCCUGUUGUGCUGUUGAGAUGAUACACACAUCCAUGCCUCGAUAUGACCAAGAUCGAUUGGGGAUCAUUUUCCGUGCGUCACCGAGACAAGCCGACGUCAUGAUUGUUGCAGGAACGGUCACGAACAAGAUAGCCCCGGCGGUACGGUUAUGCUAUGAUCAAAUGCCUGAUCCUAAAUGGGUGAUUAGCAUGGGGAGUUGUGCGAAUGGGGGUGGAUACUAUCAUUAUAGCUACAGUGUAGUCAGAGGCGUUGACAGAAUUAUUCCUGUUGAUGUGUAUAUCCCAGGCUGCCCGCCCACGGCAGAAGCGCUGUUAUAUGGCAUCUUCCAGUUGCAGAAAAAGAUGAGGCACACCAAAGUAACCCGCAUGUGGUAUAGGAAAUAA